GUCGUCAUUUGUUCCAAUGUUUACAUCGGGCGGCGCCUCAGCUGGUCACUGCUCAGCAUGGCCUCGCUUCGCUGUGCUCACUUAAUCUUCCAGAAAAAUGUGUUUUCAGUGAGAACUUUCAGAAUUUCCCAAAGAACUUUAUGGACGUUAAGUAGACGUGGAUGGGUGGCGCGGUUAGGAGCAUGGCGUGAUUUGCCCGGCGUGAGGCCCUGCAGUUCAGACAGCAGCAAGCCUAGGCAGCAUAGCCUGGCAGAAGAACUGCUGGCCUCCAAGGUGACGCAGGGACAGGACAGCCAGGAGGGGCACGGAGAACAAUCUAGCGAGAAGACUCAACAGGAACGAGAGAAAACCUACAGGACUCUAAAGUAUUCCUUCAUAGCCUUUGGCGCCAUGAUGACUAGCAUGGGCGGCUUCCUCAUCUGGUCCUGGGGUGGUCCAAAUGUUGACCAGGAUGGCAACAUUAUACCAGAUGAGUUCUCAAACAUGAACCUGCCAAUGCAGUACCUCUGUCGCACUUGGAAGGGAAUGCACGAGGUCAACAAGAUGAUCCAAGAGCCGUCACGGGAGAAGCUGCUGCCGGACCCACUGAAGGAGCCGUACAUCCAGCCCCCAUACACUCUGGUGAUGGAGCUGCGGGAUGUGCUGGUGCACCCCGAGUGGACGUAUGAAACAGGAUGGAGAUUCAAGAAACGGCCUGGAGUUGAGUUUUUGCUUCACCAUUGUGCUCCCCCACUCUUUGAGAUUGUCAUUUACACCAACGAACAGGGAUUUACGGCAUUCCCUCUCAUUGAUCAUCUGGAUCCCAACAACUACAUCUGGUACCGCCUCUUCAAGGACUCCACUCGCUAUGUUGAUGGCAAACACAUCAAAGAUCUCAACUGUCUCAACCGAGAUCUUAACAAGGUGAUCUUUGUGGACUGGGACAGUGAUGCUGUCUCAACUCCACCCAAUCACCUGAAGAUCAAGCGGUGGGAUGGAAACAUGGAGGACCAAUCACUUCUUGAUCUUGGGUUCAUGUUGCGAACCAUUGCAGAGUCUGAGGUGAGUGACGUGCGGGAAGUGUUGAAUUACUACCGCACCUUUGAUGACCCGCUGGCCGCCUUCCGGGAGAACCAGCGCAAGGCCCACGAGCAGGAGCUGGUCCUCAGCCAAAAGGCAGAAGAAGAGCGGCAACAGCGAACCUUUGCAAGUAGUUGGACGCCAUCCUUCUUGCGUAGACGCUAGAGUUUCCAUCUUCCUUCCAUCUUUUGGGUCUUUGAUGGCUUCCAUUACUGGCUUGGCAUCUGGACAUUAGUGACACUGAAAUAGGUGGGAAAAUUACAGCAAGGAUGGUCAUAGUCUUCACCAAGUUAAGGCAGAUUGUGGCUUUACCAAAGAUGCAUGUGAUGGAAAGAAGGAAUGUAUGGUAGCAGUGGCUGCCUGCUGAGGGUAGGACAAGAUGUCAAUAGCUGAAAUGUGAUGGUCAGGAGCAGCCCGGUGUCUCAGUCGCUGCUUCUGAAGGAAAUGCAACUACACAGAAAAAAGCAAAAAUUUCAAGAGGACUGAGGGAGGAACUCUUCUCUGGGCUGUGGCCUGGAAAAGGUGACAGCAUUAUCACUCAUCAAAGUGUUUGUUCUCCAAUGCCUUCCUUUAUUCUGAUUUUUUUACAUUAUUAGUUUGCAGACAGUGCACUGUUAUCUUUGCUGUACACAAAUAGUCCUUGACGAUGGCUGGUUCGGUGGAGUCCACUUAGCCAUAAUUGCUCUCCCUGCGUGGCGGACUUUGCCAACCUGCUGUUGAGCCCAAGCCCCUCCACCUGCAAGGCAGAGGCUAUGGUGACGGGCAGGAAGGAAGGAGGGGAAAGUGGAGGGAAAGGUGCACAUUUUCUCUCCCAUUGUGACUCCCUCCCACCUACCCUCCUCAUUUACAUUAUUUGUAAAUAAAUGUGUGCUUUAU